UCUUUCUGGAUGGCUGCAGUAUUUUCAAGCUCCUCUGGUUGAGUGCUAGUAAAGGAGCCGAUUCGUUUGGUAAUACUUAAAUAAUAAUAAUAAUAAAGCCUUUGUUUGUGGGUGUACGUUUAAUUAGCAAAACUGGCGCUGUUGGUUGAGUGGAUGAUGAACGGCCACGCAGUUCUCUACACCGGGGUCACUUUGGCCUUCUGGAGCACCAUCCUCAUCGUCGGAAUCUGCUAUACAAUCUUUGACCUCGGAUUCAGGUUUGACGUAGCAUGGUUUUUAACAGAGACAUCCCCAUACAUGUGGGCCAACCUUGGAAUCGGCCUGGCCAUCUCUCUGUCUGUGGUUGGAGCUGCUUGGGGAAUUUAUAUCACUGGCUCCAGCAUCAUUGGAGGAGGUGUCAAAGCCCCGAGAAUUAAAACCAAGAACCUCGUCAGUAUCAUCUUUUGUGAAGCUGUUGCCAUUUAUGGGAUCAUCAUGGCAAUUGUUAUCAGUAACAUGGCCGAGUCUUUUAGUGGCACAACUCCAGAAACAAUCGGAGCAAGGAACUACCAAGCAGGCUACUCCAUGUUCGGAGCAGGUCUCACUGUUGGCUUUUCCAAUCUGUUCUGUGGCAUCUGCGUCGGCAUCGUGGGCAGUGGGGCUGCUUUGGCUGAUGCCCAGAAUGCCAGCCUCUUUGUUAAGAUUCUCAUCGUGGAAAUCUUUGGCAGUGCCAUUGGGCUGUUUGGAGUCAUCGUAGCCAUCUUGCAGACAUCGAAAGUAAAAAUGGGAGAUUAGAGAAUACACCGCCUGCAAGACAAACAUCAAAGAAGAACGACGACGCUGUGUUAGAUGCACAGCCCAACUAUGUAAAUACAUAGUAAAUUAUUUAAAUGUAUUUUUUUUUUCUCCCCCUCUGUCUGUUUUUAUCCAUUGUUUACUGGCGAAUAAAACAUUCGCGCCACUUUGUCUUAAAGGAAUGCAUGUUUAAGUCAGGUCUUUAAGACACGUUCCACCAUAAUGAACCUCAGAAGAAGAAAUAUCUUCCACAGGUGUGAUGUUGGCCUUGUUAUUGAAGUAUAAGAUAUAUUAUGAGAGUUGUAUUGAUUCCUGGAGGUUAUUUUCUUGAAAAAUGUAUGAAUGUGUGCGUUUAAAAAAAAAAAAAAAUCUAAGAUUCUGUAGAAUAGAAUCCCAUCAUGCAAAGACUGGAUUUCAGAUAUCUAAACUUUGGUGAAAGUUUUUGAAACCCCUCUAGGGUUGUGUAGCUUGCUGUGACUUCCUGUUCUGUACAACACAGAGGAAAAAGUGGAAUAAUGUUCUUUGUAUGUAGUAUGGCUGUCUGAAGUGUUAUUAUUCCAUGGUAUGGAAAUGCAUUAAAGUCAGAUCUGUUGUAAAUCUUAUAGCCAGUCCAAUUCUGGACACUUUGAAUAUUGUUCAUUCUUAUACGUGUUGUGUGCAUUCAUCUGCAAAACUAUUACUAGACGAGGACACGGCUAAUCUAUCACUAUUCCCAAAUCUGUUCGUGAACCCAAGUUCACUUGAUUAUUAAUAGUGUUUGUAUUUGCAUUGGCACCAGGACACACUUCAGUCGUGACUGGUUCCCAACGAAACGCUGUAUAAGAAUGUUUAUAAGAGUAUAUUAAAAACGUGUGAGGCAUCCUGAGGAUGUGUAGCAUUCCAUAUUUCUUCUACUGUAUGCAUUUUUUUUUUCCCCCUCGCCAUUCAGUUUUUGUUUACUGAAAUAAGAAGCACAGGUUGACUUUCAUUUAAAGCUCCCUAUUGAGAAAAUGUUCAGCCCACGAAGCUCAGGAGGUACUCCUCUCAAGAUACGAGUGUUUUUUUUUUUUUUUUUUUUUUUUUAAUUGUUUUUCAGAUGGCUUUAAUUGCCUUUUGGUCUGUUUUGAUGGUAAAAAUGUUACAUGCAUGCAUUUACAGCUCUUGACUGUACAUUGUGUGUGUGUGUGUGUGGGGUGUUUUUUUUUCUGUAAUAAUAUAUCUCUGUAAUCCUAGGAAAUGCAAUAUAAAUCACUUCGGUGAAUUCUAGGUUCUAAUGAAUGACCUGAACCUAAACUCCAGCACCAGUUCAUUAAAUUCAUCGCUCCAAGCCGUCUCAUUCAAUGGGAGUUAAUUAUCGUAUGUCUGGUUAUGAGUGUGGGGUGAUUUUUAAAAACAGCACUGGAACCCACAAUCUUUUUACAAAACCAGCACUGAUGCUUUAUCAUUUAUUGUAUACGCUUUAAAUUACUGGAAUGCUCUGAAAUCUUGAUAUCUCUUGGAAAUAAACCAGACCUUAUUAGACAGACUAAUACAAGAUGUCCACAUCCACGCCUCAUUGUCCUGCUUGUAAUUCUCGAUUCUCUCUUGACCAGGCAUCCAGUGAUUGUGUUUAUGUUCCUGUGGUGAUUUUCAUUGUUUUUUGAAAUGUAAAAGUGGAUGCUGUUGACUUUCCUAAAUGGUCCUCGAACAAAUAAAUGCAUCAAACCUG